UCAACGAUAGCCGCUGCGGGCCAGGCGCGUGGCCUCGCUGGGUCGCUGGUUGCACCCAGCAUGGCGUUUCGCAAGCUUAACUGGUCGUCGGCGGUGUUCCGGCGUCAUGCUUCCGUGGCAAAAUGUAUGAUGCGCUCCGGUCAUCGAGUCGCAUGUGCCGGAGGGACCAAUAGCAGGCAGCGCAGCUUAGAAUUGCAAUCGGGGUCUGUUCCCGACACUCGCGCCAGCCGUACCGAUGCGCCAGCAUUUCCGAAACUUCUUGGCCGGCCAGUGCCCGCCCGCCUUCAGCACCGCCGGCAACGUGUGUGCCAGCAUCCGCUUCAUACAGUCACGCACAAACUGUGGCGUGAUGACCUUCUGAACCACCUUCUCCAUCUCGUCCAGAACUGCCGCAUGACGAGGGCAACGGCCGCGUGCGACUGCUCCACUGGGCAGUGCAUGUCGCCGCUGUACGUGGGAAGCUUCAUGAAAUUGGCCUUAGUGACGCCCACACCACGGAAGUCAGCAAUCUCGCCGUUGCCGUGGCAUGCCGGGUUGUCCCAUGACACGUAGGGCUUGAUAGGGGCCACGGGCGGGGGUGGCGGCGGCUUCCUCUUACCCCGCCGGCCCUGCUUCUGCGCGGCCUUCACCGCCGCGGUUUGCUUUGCAGCCAGCCUUGCAGCCUUCUCCCGGAACGCGCCCAGCAUGCGCCCUAUGUACUUAACAAACUCCGCCUUCGUGAUGAACCUUGCAUCCUUCCCCGCCAGGGUCUGCGGUGGUGACAGGCAGUGGCGGGCGGCAGCUUGAGCAUGGCGCGUGGAGGACACAACCGGCGGCGCUUCCCACCCUCUGUGGCAGCGCGAUACAGCCCCCUGAACCGGGAGCCGCUAAACGCACGGGGGACAGAUGACCGGCGGCCCGUGCUGUGGAGGCUGCAGUGUGGGUGCUUUGUCUACAAGGCACGGCACACAGUGGCUAACAGUAUUCGGCGAUGUGCCCCGCACGCACCCAGCUGCUUCAACUGCACCUAUCACACCUCCGGCCGAGGUGCAAGUGAGGCCGCACAGCGCGCGUUUCGCAUGCUGAUUGACCUUGCGCGGCGGCUGGGGGAGGCGUGUACGGUGGUGUGGGAGGCGCGGGUGGUUGAGGGGUGUGGCCCCUUCGACUUUUGGCUGUGGGAGUGGGGUGUGGUGGUUGAAGUGGAUGGCAUGCAGCACACGGAUACCCCGCAUCACGGCACGGAAGCGCAAGCACAGUGGCUGGUGGAUCGGUGGAAGGAAGCAGCUGCUGUUCGCAAGCGGCUGCAUGUGGCGCGGUUGCAUGUGAUGGACAUGGUGUGCUGGGAGGCCGUGGUUGCGCGUGCACUGUGUGCUGCUCGUAACGGCAUUCCGCCGUGCGUGCACUACAGCGACUACUACCUGCGGCCUGUGAUUACACAGUCAUGAGCUCCCAACGCACCUGGUACUGUAGCUCGGGUGGCGGCGUGUAGGCCCUGCCUGUGGUGCCGGCAACAGGCUCCCAUCGCACGACGCCGAAGGCAGGGCACACGGUGAUGAUGUACUUGAUGGUGUUGGGUCGUGAUGAUCCGCAGCGGUAGUCCUCAAUGGUGAUGCUCUGCCCGCGCGGGCCUGCAGUCCAGGCGGUGUAGUCGGUUGGGUUGCAGAUGAAGGUCUUUUCGUCGGUCAUGGCGAAACCGUUGAAGAUGGUUAAGUUGAGCCAUGCGUCGCUUUCAAACUCCGCUGUGCCAAUGUCUGGUGGCAAGGGAAAGGCGCCAUCGCUGACACCGUACUCCCUUUCAGCCUCCACGGCUGAGACCAUCUUCACGCCUGGAGCAUUGGGGUUGACAAGCUUGCGCAACCACGCUGCUGAGCGGUCCAGCCGGUCACCCCACUGCUCGGGGCUGAGGAAGGGGCGGUGCUCCACCUUUAAGUUCUUUUGGAGGGUUGGAUCGUAGUGUUGCAUGGAGCGCCACAGGGAUUUGAAAGUGAUCUUGUGGGAUUUGAGAACGUCUUGAAAGGGCGCGUCGUGCUCGUACUUGGCGGCAGAGUCAUAGUGGACGCUCUUGACGUGGUCGACCAGGGUUUUCAGGAUGGGGUCCGACACCGUGCGCGGCCGGCCUGGGCGUGGCUUGGGCUCUGUCCCGCCAGUGUGCACGUAGCGCACGUACCACUUCUUAAUCUGCUCUGCCAUAUGCUUGGGUGAUGCCUCCCAUGGUGUGUAAUCAACUGGCUGCGGGAAGAUCUCUGGGCAUGCCUCGCGUGCCUUGAACUCCGCCACGGCAAUGGGGCCCCAGCGCUGAGGUGUGGUGCCACGUGUGGUAAGCCCAGAACGGUAACAGGCCUGAAUGGCAAUGGCGGCUACUAGCGCAGCUACCAUUCGCCGCCAUGCGUCCGUUGACAGGUUGGAAUAGAUGGUGCCAGUGGUAGCAUCCAUCCUUUCACCUGUGUGCGUCGGUGAUGGGGUUUGCGGGUGCGUGGUGAGAGAGGGGGACAGGUGCACGCUAUCAUGAACCAGGCUAAAUUCGUAAUAAUUCGCCCCCCAUGCGCCACAAACCCCACCCAACCUGAAACCCCUUAGUUCCCCAGAUCCAUUUCCACGUCACUGUGUCGCACAAUUCCGCCGACCUUUGCGCACCCCAGCAUAUGUGUGCCCGCGGUUUCCAAUGCUCUAUUGAAUGCACCAAAAGCCAGCCCAGGCCCUGCGUCCUAGGGCCCAAACGAGCUCCUCCGUACAAUGUUUGCUCGCACACUCCGGCGCACGCGAUUAGGUGUCGCGCGCUACUGUAUGGUAGCCCUUGUGUCGCACAAGUGGUUGGAGCGUGUUUGGGGUGAGUUGGCGCGGCAGGGUGGUGUCGCGCCCAUGCUGCCCCGCUUGCGGGGCUUGUUCCCGGCCGGUCUCUGAUGGCUAUGGUGUAGUCCUAUGAAUUAUCUGUGCGCGGGUUGGUGCCCGGCGAAUUUCUGUUGCAUGGGGCCUGCGCGCAUGGCGUGCCCCUCGGGGGGUAAUCGCGCUCGGAUCACAUAAGGGCC